UAUUUUGUUAGAGAAAUAGCCCACACAGUUGGAAAACCAAAACUCAAAAGAGCAAUUUCAGAGAAAGUAAGGGCUAAACUUUCAGAUCUAAACAAAACCCCCCAUUUUUUCAUUUUCUCACUUUCUCUUCCCGCUUCAAUUUUCCCUCUCUUUCUCUCCUCCCCUCUCCUCAACUCUCAAACCCCAUCUCCAAAAUGUUUGUGAAAUAUUUGGCAUUGGCUUUCUGAUUUCUGCUAGUUCUGGUGAAAAACGGGCAGGGUGGUAUAUAGUUGGUGAAUUAUGGAGGAGCAAGUGCUAGACUAGAUAUUAUUCUCCCUGUAUUUGAUUUCUAUACCCUAGUGUGGUGAAGCUAGGCAUUUGGGAAUCUAUGUCACCUAUGGAGUGCAACAAAGAGGAGGCUGUUAGGGCAAUGGGGCUUGCUGAGAAAAAAAUGCACAGUGGAGAUUUUCCAGGAGCAUAUAAGAUUGCACAGAAGGCUCAGCGGCUCUUUCCUGAUCUUGAGAACAUUUCUCAAUUGCUGGCAGUCUGUGAAGUUCACUGUUCAGCCCUGGUGAAAGUAGGUACUGAAAAAGACUGGUAUAAAAUUCUACAGAUUGAACAAACAGUUGAUGGGGCAACCAUUAAGAAACAGUACAGAAAGCUUGCUCUCUUGCUUCAUCCUGACAAGAACAAAUUUGCUGGUGCUGAAGCUGCUUUUAAGCUAAUUGGUGAGGCUAAUAUGGUGCUCUCAGAUCAAGCUAAACGUUCCAGUUAUGAUAUGAAAUAUCGAGUUGUAAAGAGAACUGCUCCGCCAAAGCCAUCAAUCCAUCAUUCAAAUGCGGGCGCGUCUGUCCAGCAACAGUAUGGUGCUUCAGUCAAUCUCCAGAAUUUUCCUCGCGCACAAUAUGCUGCCCAAUAUCCAUAUCAGCAGACACAGCCAGUCACCUUUUGGACAUGCUGCCCCUUCUGUAAUGUGAGAUAUCAGUUCUACAAAGAUUUUGUGAAUAAAUUGCUAUUGUGUACAAAUUGCCUUAAAAAUUAUGUUGCCCAUGAUAUGGGUGUUCAAGGUGCACCAUCAGGAUCUGUUCGGGCUGCAUUUCCAAAUCAGGGUCCGCCAGUGGUGCCCUCACAAUGCAAUAAUGUAAACUUCUCAGGCAAAAGAUCCCCAAAUCCAUUUCCUUGCCCACCACAAAUGCCGAAGGCAGGGCCUCCUGCCAAGCCUAGUGGACAGUCCAAAAUGGAAGAGAAAGAUAUCAAGGAUGCACCAGUGACUAAGCAACAGGUCAAAAUGCCUAAGUCCAAGAAAUCAGGAUCUUCUGGCCAUACAAACAGAAAGAGAGGGAGGAGGUUUGUUGAGGAAUCAAGUGAAAGUCGUGACACUGAAGCUGAAACUGAAGAUGUUUAUAAAGAUAAUGUUUUUGACUCCUCUAAAUUAAAUGAAAGACAACACCAUAGGAGAUCUUCAAGACAGAAGCAGAAUAUUUCUUACAAGGACAAUUUUAGUGAUGACGAUGAUUUUGUAAGUCCCCCGAAAAGGCCGAGGGUGGCCACAUCAUCUAGUUCUAGUGAAGAUGACAAUAGAAAAACUUUUGUUAAUGGUGGAAUAACUAAAGGUGAUGGGUCCCAUAAGGAAGAGUCCAAGCAAUUUGAAGGUGUUCCAGACAAGGACAGGUUUUCAAGCAAAAGGAGUGAUGCUGUGGCAAUGGAAGAAGGUCUUGAAGCAUCUGAUUCAGAGCACUUUCCAUGUCCUGAUCCCGAAUUCAACGACUUUGAUAAAGAUAAGAAGAAACAUUGUUUUGCUGUUAAUCAGGUAUGGGCUUGUUAUGAUCCAGUGGAUGGCAUGCCAAGAUUUUAUGCUCGAAUUAAGAAAGUGAUCUCUGAAUUUAAGAUUACCUGGCUGGAGUCUGCUCCAGAAGACGAAAUAGGAGACAAUUGGGUUAACAGUGAAUUGCCGGUUGCGUGUGGUAAGUACACACUUGGGGAUACUCAACCUGUUAAUCUCACUAUAUUUUCACAUCAGAUGCACUGCAUGAAAGGUGGUCGACGAGGUACUUUGUUCGUAUAUCCUAGGAAGGGAGAAACUUGGGCUCUCUUCCAGAAUUGGGAUAUUAAUUGGAGCUCUGACCCCAAAAUUCAUUUUCCUUUUCAUUAUGAAUAUGUAGAAAUACUCUCAGAUUACCAAGAGGAUACUGGUGUUUCUGUAGCAUACUUAGGGAGAGUGAAAGGGUUUGUCAGCCUAUUUCAGCAAAUUCAGCUUCAUGGAACUGUGAAAUUACAAAUUCCACCUAAUGAGCUGUACAGAUUUUCUCAUCGAAUUCCCUCUUUUAAAAUGACUGGUGAGGAAAGAGAAGGUGUUCCUAAAGGAUCUUAUGAAUUUGACCCAGCUGCUUUACCACCAAGUUUCUUCAAUGUUUGUGACGAAGAUGUGAAGACGAAUAAUGAUGUCCAUGCUAAAAAUGCAGCUGAUCAGAUCCCUGCAUCUGGUAUUCCCGAGAACAAUUCCAAAAGAGAAACUUUAAUAUCUAGAAAAUCUCCAAGGAAGAGUAAUGGCAAUGGUAAAACAAGUGGGGGCCAAAGCACUGCUGUAGACACUGGUAGGAAUGACAUGAACCAAGGUAAUGUUGCUGCAUCCAAUGGAAAUGCCACUGUGCCUCAGGCUGAUGAGAAGAUGAAGACACCAAAGAAGCAGGGAAUCAGUCAUGACAUUGACUUUAAACUCAGAAGAUCUCCGAGGGAUCUAAGCAAAAAAAAUGAAGCGGUAUCUAACCAGCAUUCAAACUCUGAAAAAAUUGAAAGCUCUGCCAGCUCAUCCGGCGUUAAGUUUAACAAUACUUCUAAUAGCUGCAAUGGUGACAGAGUGAAGGACCAUUGUUCCCAAGAAUGCUACGACUUUACCCAGCAAAGGUCUAAGGGAAAGUUUAAGUGUGAUCAGAUAUGGGCUCUGCGAACUGAUGGGUAUGUGUUUCCCAAGACCUAUGCUCAAGUUAAGAAGAUUGAGACCACCCCUGAAUUCCGGGUGCAUGUUGCCUUGCUAGAACUUUGCUCUACGUUGAAAGGUGCAAUCCAGCCAGUUUCUUGCGGGACCUUCAAAGUUAAAAGUGAAGGUACCAGGGUCUUUCUGCUUUCAUCAUUCUCCCAUUGUUUGAAUGUCAAAGCUAUUAUGAAAAAAUAUGAAAUAUACCCUCGGAAAGGGGAAAUUUGGGCAAUGUACAAGAACCAGCACAAUGAGCUGACCCCUAAGCUGGAUGGCGAGUAUGACAUAGUGGAAGUGAUGGAAGAACAUGGCCAGAACAUACAAGUUGCCAUUCUUAUUCGGGUCGUUGGCUUUAAAUCUAUGUUCAAGGCUCCAAGGAUUCAGAGAUCAAAAACUGGCCUGCUUGAGAUACUGCGUGACGAAAUGGGUAAAUUCUCGCAUCAGAUUCCUGCGUUGCAACAUACAGGAGAGAAAGAUAGCCGCCUUGCAGGAUGUUGGGAGCUUGAUCCAUUAUCUAUCCCUGCUAGUUUACUUUCCUUAGAUUGAGAACAAAAAGUAGCUUUUUCUUUCCUUCUCAUUUGUUGUAUAUUUUUGUUCUGUUGUGUUACUGUUAGCCAUUGGUUGUAUUUUGGGUAACCCCAAAGCUUUUUCCAGAUGUGAAACAGCAGUAGUUUUACUCAUUGUUUUGGGUUUUCUCAGUUUUGAAACCACAGAACAGAACGCAUGGACAUGACCAUUACCAUUGGCUUUCUUUUCAUAAUCGGGUCUUAUUCAAUGCUCAGUAGAUAUGGGCUGGUUUUGUUUGCUUUUCAUGUGUAAUAUAAGCAUUUCAGCUCAA